AAACCUGAACGGAAUCAGCGACGUCUACACGUCGCUCCGCAUUUGGGAUCGUUAAGGGCCUCUCUUCAAAACAAACCUCGAUUUACACCUUUAUUUCUCCCAUUCACUCCGGGAAUCAUUUAUGUAUUGGACUGAAUAAUCCCUUGUGUUCUCGGACAGAAGUUGUCUGGGAGGGAGGUUUUUGUUUUAGAGUGUUUGAUGAGUAUUCUUUGAUGAGAGAUGAGUACUCUGACCCAGCGGAGCUCCGGCCUGGUGCAGAGACGCACCGAGGCUUCGCGUAGCGCUGCAGCCGCAGACAGAGACCACGGAUGCGGCGACGAGGACUACGAGCCCCGCCGCGGAGACGAGCAGGACGACGAUGACAGCGGCGACUCAAAGGAAGCCAGACUGACCCUGAUGGAGGAAGUGCUGCUGCUGGGGCUGAAGGAUCGAGAGGGCUACACAUCUUUCUGGAAUGACUGCAUUUCAUCUGGCCUGAGGGGCUGCAUGCUUAUUGAACUGGCCUUACGAGGGAGACUGCAGCUGGAAGCUUGUGGCCUGAGGAGGAAAAGCCUACUUGCCAGGAAGGUUAUAUGUAAGUCUGAUGCUCCAACGGGGGAUGUGCUGUUGGAUGAGGCUCUGAAACACAUAAAAGACACUCAACCGCCUGAGACCGUGCAGAGCUGGAUAGAGUUGCUCAGUGGCGAGACAUGGAACCCACUAAAGCUGCAUUACCAGCUACGUAAUGUUCGUGAGCGCCUGGCCAAGAAUCUUGUUGAGAAGGGCGUCCUCACCACCGAGAAACAGAACUUUCUUCUCUUCGACAUGACCACACACCCGCUUACCAACAAUAACAUUAAGCAGCGCCUUAUUAAGAAGGUGCAGGAGGCCGUGCUGGACAAGUGGGUGAACGACCCUCACCGAAUGGACAAGCGUGUUCUGGCCCUUAUAUUCCUCGCCCAUUCCUCUGACGUUCUAGAGAAUGCAUUUGCCCCGCUGCUGGAUGACCAGUACGAUCUGGCUAUGAAGAGAGUACGACAACUUCUGGACCUGGAACCUGAGGGCGAAAGCAUGAAGACCAACACCAAUGAGCUGCUCUGGGCUGUUGUGGCCGCCUUUACCAAAUGAAGCUGGUUCAGUUCUGGUGAAGCUGGGAAACAAAGAAAACACUUGGACUGGUAAAAACAGGUUUGAGAAAUGAUUGCCCUGGUUUAUCAAAACGGAGUUCUGAAACUGUCUUUUGUUUUUUUUUUCCUUGUAGAUAUCUCCCUUCCUUGCUCCUCUCUCUGCAAAAAUAAUCAUUGGUUUGCUCUCUUUUGUUUGAAAAGGGAUGAAAAAGAAAGCACACAGAUUUACUUUCUCCUACUUUCAUUGUUCGUUGGUUUAGUUGAAUGCAAAUUGGUAUCUACUCACCGUAGACUGUUGGAACAUUUACCUUUUGCGUCACUGGAUCAAGAAUCUUCUUUUUCAUAAUUUUCUUGCCUCGACAUCUAUGUAGGGUACCUAACAGAUUUUCCAAUUGGAUAAUUGAGCAGGAAUCACUGUUUUUUCUUUAAGUCUUCAGUUUCUUGCAUUUAAUGGGAAUCGAUUAAUUGUAAUUGCAAUAUGUGAGAAAAGCGUAAAAGUGUACACUUACACUAAAGCAGUAUCUACAUAUGGUACAACUGAACAGAUGUACAAGAAAAUAAAGUACACUGCAGUUUAUCAUUUAUUAUAUAAUCUAAAUCAAGUUGUUUUCACUCGUUAUCAUAUUGAUGAUGGAGCAAGAAAAGAAACCAAAAAGGUUAUCAAGGACUAAAUCACGUUUUGAUAACAGAUGAGUAGUUUGUGGCGAGUGAGGUAGAGCUAGACCGUUUCAGGUUCACACAACUGACGUGCUAUCUCAACAGCAUUGCUAUUGGAUGGCCAGUAAAUCAAACUCUUGAGUGGAAACUAAGUGCAGGCAAUUCAGGGGACCUGUCUUGUCUUUACAGGGUGAGAGUUGUCAGUUUGUAUGCAAGUAGAACAGUUACUCCAUGUUAAGUGGUCAUAAUGUAUUUUACCAGAAAGCUUGUUAAUUUUGAGAUCAGAAUUCUCUAUGGUUUUUGAUUAAUGUCCCAUCCAGAUUCCUUCCAUUCUGCUGAUAAACACCCUACAAAUGCUUCAGACUCUACCUUUCAGACUUCACCAAUUUAUUAUCAUGAAUUUAAUUAAAACCUUUUCUCUAGCUUGAACUGAAAUGUACUUUUAUGUGCCUGAUAUUGGUUACAGAAUGGGUAGUAAUCAAAAUGCAAUAUGUACUGUAGCUCUUUGUGACAUGGCAUUAAUGGAGCUAGAUUCAGAAAGCAUUGUUGCGCUGUAGUCUCUUUGUACAUACCUACCAGAAAAUAAAGGAGGGACCACAAAAAAUAUAAACAUCUGUAUGGCACAUAGUGCCAUUUUUUUUUUUUGGUAUUUUACCAUUGAUUAUGUAGAGGUGUGUACAAGUCAGAUGUUUAAUGGUGGAGGUGGAGCUUUGAAUGUCAAAAAAUAAUGUUUGUGACUUCUGACAUUUGUCCUAUGCUCUCAACUCAAACCUAGGACUAAAAAGAAUCAUAGCCAUUUAAAGGGGGUGUGUGUGUGUAUAUAUAUACAGGUGCUGGUCAUAUAAUUAGAAUA